AGCGAAUGUGGACGGAGGACACGCACCAGUACAAAAGGGGGGUGUGGGCCCGCUGCCACCCGGGGAGCCCCGGCCGAGUCCUGGGCACUGGCGCGCCCUGCGCAGACCCCCGGGAAACAGGCCUGGGAUUUCUGUUUCGAGGAGAGUGGGGGAAGGGGAGCCAGCAGGGAUUCCAGAGCUACUGCCUAGACCAGCUUUUGGCCACCGAGAGCGAUCUUUGCCACAGAUCAAGAAUUCUUCUGUGACCCAGCCAGGCUAGGAGGCGGCCCCCAAAGGCAGCACCGUGCUUCCUGGUGAAGGGCCAUAUUCAUGCUUUAGUCCAGUGUCCGUUAGGUCAUUCUCCCAGGCUGGGGUGCGGAGCUUAAGGCUGAAGCCUGUGGCUUUGAAUUGCGGGAGGCACUGGGUGAGCGCAGAGCCUCACAUAGUUUUUCUCUCCUUCCCCAGGUAAGGCUGACCUCUCUGCAGUUAGAGGUCUGAGCUCUACCAUGGGGAUAGAGGAUGUCUUUAUUGCUACAGUUUUCUCUGACAUCCGGGGGCUACCAGAGUGUGGGCCGAAGCAGGCACUGCAGCAGAAGUAUCCCCAGAAGGAGCUGGAAAAAGCCUCAUCCCCAGCACUGCAGUCUCCAGGGUAGAGCCUGGCCUUUCCUGUGUCCUCAAACCAACCCCAAACUCCAAUGCUCAGGUCUCCCUUACGGGCAGGAGAGGAGCUUACCGCGGAAUGAAGUCAUCCCGGGGUUCAGCCAGUGGGGGCAGGGACGAAGAACUGAUGCUGGAAAGGCGCUUCCGGGGCACCAUGGCUAUGGGCCCAGCCCAGCCCAGGCUCCUUUCUGGACCCUCCCACGAGUCCUCCCAGCCCAACAGGGGGCUGAAGCACCAGGGCAAGUCAGUAGCUCAGUCAGGAGGCCAACCCCCACGCCAGGUCCAUCGUUGUGCCCACUGUCGGAAACGGUUCCCGGGCUGGGUGGCCCUGUGGCUUUCCCCCCGGAGGGCCCGGCCCCGCCUGCCACUGUCCUGCCAGGAGUGCAACCAGCGCUUUCGCCACGCCCCCUUCUUAGCUCUGCACCUUCAGGUUCAUGCCUCUGCCACCCCCGAUGUGGGUUUCACCUGCCACCUCUGUGGGCAUAACUUCCAAGGCUGGGUAGCCCUAGUACUGCACCUGCAGGCUCACUCAGCUGCAAAGCGGCCCAUCAUUUGUCCCGAAUGCGACAGACGCUUCUGGCGACAAAAGCAGCUUCGAGCUCACUUGCGGAGGUGCCAUCCCCCUGCUCCUGAGGCCAGGCCCUUCAUAUGUGGCAACUGUGGCAGGAGCUUUGCCCAGUGGGAUCAGCUAGUUGUUCACAAGCGCGUGCACGUUGCCGAGGCCCUGGAGGAGGCAGCAACCAAGGCCCUGGGGCCCCGGCCUCGGGGCCGUCCUGCAGUGACUGCCCCCCGGCCAGGUGGAGAUGCUGUUGACCGGCCCUUCCAGUGUGCCUGCUGCGGCAAGCGCUUCCGGCACAAGCCCAACCUUAUUGCCCACCGCCGCGUGCACACGGGCGAGCGACCACACCAGUGCCCAGAGUGCGGGAAGCGCUUCACCAACAAACCCUACCUAACUUCCCACCGGCGCAUUCACACCGGAGAGAAGCCCUACCCGUGCACCGAGUGUGGCCGCCGCUUCCGCCACAAACCCAACCUGUUGUCACACAGCAAAAUCCACAAGCGCUCGGAGGUCUCAGCGCAGGCAGCCUCCGGCACCGGGAGCCCCCAGACGGCGACGGAGCCCGUGGCGCAGCCUGCACUAGGGGCCUCCCUGGGGUCCCCGCGCACCCCGGCCGAGGCAUCUGUGCCCCUGCACCGCUGUGCCGACUGCGGCCGCAGCUUCCGGCUGGAGCGCUUCCUGAGGCUGCACCAGCGGCAGCACACGGGCGAGCGGCCCUUCGCCUGCCCCGAGUGCGGCAAGAACUUCGGCAAGAAGACGCACCUGGUGGCUCACUCGCGCGUGCACUCGGGCGAGCGGCCUUUUGCCUGCGAGGAGUGUGGGCGCUGCUUUUCCCAGGGCAGCCACCUGGCAGCGCACCGGCGCGACCACGCGCCAGAGAGGCCCUUCGUGUGCCCCGACUGUGGCAAGGCGUUCCGCCACAAGCCCUACCUGGCCGCACACCGGCGCAUCCACACUGGCGAGAAGCCCUACGUGUGUCCAGACUGUGGCAAAGCCUUCAGUCAGAAGUCCAACCUCGUGUCGCACCGGCGCAUCCACACGGGUGAGCGGCCCUAUGCCUGCCCCGACUGUGACCGCAGCUUCAGCCAGAAGUCCAACCUUAUCACACAUCGGAAGAGUCACAUCCGGGACGGCGCCUUCUGCUGUGCCAUCUGUGGUCAGACCUUUGACGACGAGGAUCGACUCUUGAUGCACCAGAAGAAGCACGAUGCCUAAGAGGGGCGGUAGGCCAAGGAGAACAGGCCUGGUUGUCCUUGGCAACAGUGUGGCAGUGGGCCCGGGUGGGGUGCCUACGUUGAUGCUGCUGGAGGGACAGGUGGGGAUCCCAGAGGCACAGGGGCGGUGGAGUGAGUGAUCUGGGCUCUGUGUAGGAAUGGGGUUUCCCCAAGGCGGGGGUCAGGGAGCUGAUUUUAGAAUGCAGGGACCUGGCUUUGAGCUAGCCGGUCCCCAGCUGGGUGUUCUAAGGGUCAACUCAGACUGCCCUGUACCCUGGAAAAGUAGCAAUAGAAGCUCCAUCUAUCCUUUGAGUCCUCGGCUAGAGGAGCGACCAGUGGGAAGGGAGCCACUCCAUCCUCUGGUGUUAACGCCUUAAUGUCCCAGUCUUUACUAUGAGUUACUUCAGGUCAUUUUUUUGGAAGUAGGUGUGGUAUAGUCAUUAGUAAAUGAAUCCUGGGGCAGGGGAAGUGCCAGCUGGAUACACCUUGGUCAGCCUGCUGGCAUUGUUAGGCAGCAGGACAAGUGAAACUGAGCUGUAUCUUCUUUUUUUUUUUCCCCCAGUACCCUUCUGCAGUGCCUCCUGCAUAGGUACCCAGAUGUGUAGAGGCCCAUCUACGGUUAGCAAUUCCAUUUACUUUUUGCAGGUUAUCUUUCCAGGACAUUUACCUACUCCUUCACCUGCCUGGCUUUAUUUGCUCUCUCUCCCUGAGUAUAGGGCUUCCCUGGUGGUUUUGUUUAAACCCCUAACUCUCCUCAACUCUCUCCAGCACUUCAGGAGUUCUGGGAAAGACUAGCCCACAGAUGCUGAGGGUUUGACUGUAGGAAAGGUCCUGGGUAGAUUUCCUUUUUAAAGUUUCCAGGGUGUGGAUGCCAGCCUCCACCCAUGCACCUGGGUGCUGGGGCACUCUUACCCCCAGAGGUACGGGUUCUAUUGUAGGGUGAUUCUAAUUGUUAGAAAUCCUUACUUAAAAUGAUUGGAUUCUGCUUUCCUAUGAUUUCUGCCUACUGGGUCUUGUUUUGUUCUCUGGAUCGAAACAGAACAACCAUUUACCCUCCUUUUCAAACUAGAGAAUAAACAUUUGGUUUUAGAACUA